AUUAGCCGGUUGGAUAUUCGGGAGUCAAAAACUCGUUAAUGUGAAGAGUUUUUUUGAAUUAUUUGAUUUCUUAAAUCUUAAUAUGAACUUCUUUUUGUUUUCAGUAAUUCAUGAAAAAAUGGAUCGAGGAAACCCCUAUGAAUGUAUCAGCUACACGAAAAGACCUUAUGAUAGUCAAUAUGGGUCCCCACCACCCAUCAAUGCAUGGUGUUCUUCGACUCAUCGUUACUCUAGACGGUGAAGAUGUUAUUGACUGCGAACCAAUUUUAGGUUAUUUACACAGAGGGAUGGAAAAAAUUGCGGAAAAUCGAACAAUUAUACAAUAUUUGCCCUAUGUAACACGCUGGGAUUAUUUGGCUACUAUGUUCACAGAAGCAAUAACAGUAAAUGGUCCAGAACUGUUAGGAAAUAUUCAAGUGCCUAAAAGAGCUAGCUAUAUCAGAGUAAUUAUGUUGGAAUUGGGUCGUAUAGCUUCUCAUUUGUUAUGGCUUGGUCCGUUUAUGGCGGAUAUUGGUGCACAGACUCCUUUCUUUUAUAUUUUUAGAAGAGAGUUAGUAUAUGAUUUAUUCGAAGCUGCCACCGGUAUGAGAAUGAUGCAUAAUUAUUUUCGUAUCGGGGGAGUAGCGGCCGAUCUACCUCAUGGAUGGAUAGAUAAAUGUUUGGAUUUUUGCGAUUAUUUUUUAGCAGGAAUUGCUGAAUAUCAAAAACUUAUUACGCGAAAUCCUAUUUUUUUAGAACGAGUUGAAGGAGUAGGUAUUGUUGGUGCAGAGGAAGCAAUAAAUUGGGGUUUAUCCGGACCAAUGCUACGAGCUUCCGGAGUACAAUGGGAUCUUCGUCAAGUUGAUCAUUAUGAGUGUUACGACGAAUUUGAUUGGGAAGUCCAGUGGCAAAAAGAAGGAGAUUCAUUAGCUCGUUAUUUAGUCCGAAUCGGUGAAAUGAUGGAAUCUAUAAAAAUUAUUCAACAGGCUCUGGAAGGAAUCCCGGGGGGGCCCUAUGAGAAUUUAGAAACCCGACGUUUUGAAAGGGAUCCAGAAUGGAACGAUUUCGAAUAUCGAUUCAUUAGUAAAAAAACUUCUCCUACUUUUGAAUUACCGAAACAAGAACUUUAUGUGAGAGUCGAAGCCCCAAAAGGAGAAUUGGGGAUUUUUCUGAUAGGGGAUCAGAGUGGUUUUCCUUGGAGAUGGAAAAUUCGCCCGCCAGGUUUUAUCAAUUUGCAAAUUCUUCCCGAAUUAGUUAAAAGAAUGAAAUUGGCCGAUAUUAUGACAAUACUAGGUAGUAUAGAUAUCAUUAUGGGAGAAGUUGAUCGUUGAAAUGAUAA